AUGGCUAGCUCUUUUAAGGGAGAUAAAUUAAUUGGUAAAUCAAAUUACCAAGAAUGGAUUACUCCCGCAGAUUUCUAUUUAAAGAUUAAUAGCUAUAUGCUUUAUAUUGAUGGCUCUAAAGAAAAGCCUAAUAAAGAGCUUUAUUACGCUAAAGCUAAGAAUGGUGAGGGAGCUAUUACUUGGUCCUUUUAUUCACUUGAGCUAGCCGUAAAAUAUCUUGAUAAAUUGAGCGAAUUCGAAGAAGCUAAUAAAAAAGCUUUGGGAGCGCUAAAAUCUAUUAUAUCGCUUGAAAAUCAAAAGCGAUUUAAAGAUAAAACUAGCGCUGAGGAUCUAUAUGAGGCUAUAAAUGAGACUUAUAGCGAUACAGGGCUAGAAGAAGUAAAUCGAUACGUAUAUAAAAUGGUCGAAACAACUUAUAGCUCUUGUAAAAAUAUAGAUGAAUAUACUAGUAUUAUUCAAUCUAAUGCAAUUUAUCUUAAAGAGAUGAAUUGUGAGAUUCCUAAGCCAGUAUUAGCUAGCCUUAUAUUCAAGGGUUUACCUAGCUUUUUUGAUAGCUUCGCCUCUAGAAAAUUUAAGGAAAUAUCUAGUAACCUUAAAGAGGUAGAUAUCGAUUCGCUUAUAUCUGAUUUAUUAUUAGAAGAGGCCCGAAUGGGUACUAGCGCGGAUUUAAAAGCAAAUAAAGCGUUUAAAAAUAACGCUAAAUAUUGCUCGCAUUGUAAGCAAAAGGGGCACUUAAAUUCAACUUGUUUUAAAUUGCACCCCGAACUAAAGCCGAACUUUAAUAAAAAGCCUAAUAAUAAGGCUAUAUCGGCUAGGGAUAAAGACUUCAAGAAUGGCUCUAGUAAAGCACUAAUGAGUGCUUUUACUAAUUCUAGCUUUAAUAGUGAAUUAAAUCACUUUGGCAUAGCUUAUUCUAUUACGAAUAAUAAUAAAUUCGUAUUAGAUUCAGGAGCCUUAAAGCAUUAUUCGCCUAAUAAAGCUUGGUUUAUAAAUUAUAAGCCAAUAGCUAAGAAGUCUAUAAUUAUCGCUAAUAGCGAUAUUAUGCUUAUUCUAAGCAUAGGUGAUAUCUUUAUUAAGUCGAAAACAGGCUUAGAGAUUAUAAUUAAAAACGUCAAUUAUAUUCCUAAGCUAAAAACGACCUUAAUAAGUUCAAAAGAGCUUACAAAUAAGGACUGGGCUAUUAAUUUCGAUCGAAAUGGAGCUAAAAUCUUUUAUGCUUCUUUCAAACCUUAUAUUAACGUAGAUCCUUUUGUGACUACCAAAUUAGGCCUUUAUUAUAAGCGCUUAUUGCACGUAAAUAAAGAUUUUGUUUUAAAAACAAUCGAUAAUAGCGAAGGUCUUUCUAAAGCUAUUGAACAAAAUCUUGAAAAUUCUCAUAUAAAAAAUCGGUCUUAUAACUCGGUUAUUAAAAAGACCCCUUACGAAGCUCUUUACGGCCAAAAGCCUUAUAUAGGCUACUUUAAAAUACUAGGUUCUCUAGCUUAUAUAUUAAAAAAUAAGCGAGACAAUAAAUUGGCCGAUAAAGAUGAAAAGAGGCUAUUAGUUGGUUUCGAAUCAGCUAAUAAUUACUUGAUCUACUUCCCGAGUAAAAGAGUCGUAAUUAGUUUAAAAAACGUUCUUAUUAAAGAAGACCUUAAAUUUAAGGACGAACUAAUUAACGAAAAGAGCGAUUAUUUCGAUAUAAUCGAAGAAGAGUUACCUUCUACUAAAGGCGAUGAUGAUUUUACUACUAGUAUUAAAUCAAUCGAUAAUACUAGUAAUAAUCAGCCGAAUAUUAGCCAGCCGAGAGUCGUUGAAAUAGAAGAAGCCGAAGAUCAACCUUAUUUUGACGACACUGAAUCUCGCGCUAGCGAUGCUCUUAGUGAUCUAAAUACAGAUGAUCCUAAUAAGGCAGAAGCGCUUAAGGCUCCUAAAACUCGGGGCCCGGCGAAAGAUUACUCCGAUCAAAGACCAAACGUAACUAUUAGAUCGAGUAAAAAUAACUCUUUUAAUUUAGCUAUUACAGAGCUAAAUAAUCGAUUAAUCGAAGAGCAAAUACAAGCUAUGUCGGUUUACAAGAACGUAACUCUUCUAGCUUCAAUGGCUUUAAUUAGCUUUAAAACUGAUCGAAAUCUCGAUCAAGGGCUAAUUAAAUUAAGCGAUAAAAAUAGUUCUAAAGUAACUAUUAAAAAAUUCUCUAUUAGCACUCCGCCAUUAGAGCCUAAAAGCUAUGAGGAAGCUAUAAACUCAGCCUUAUAUAAGGACUACUGGCUUAAAUCUAUGCAAAAUGAAAUAGAUUCAUUAGAAAGCCAAAAUACUUGGAAAGUAGUCAAUAAAAGCGCUAGCAAUAAUAUUAAACCCUUAAAAACUCGAUGGGUUUAUAAAAUCAAGCAAGGAAUCAAUAGCUCUAAAUACGCGAAUAAGCUAUUAAUGCUUAAUAAAGCAUUAUACGGACUGAAACAAUCAGCUCGCUUAUGGUUUAUCACGUUAAAAGAAGUGCUUAUACAAAAAUUCAGCUUUACGCCUUUACUAGCUGAUAGCUGUAUUUUGUAUAAUAAAGAGCUAAAAUUAAUUAUUAGCGUUUACGUUGAUGAUUUAGCACUUAUUAGUCCGAAUAUCGAUACAAUAAAAUCCUUUAUUAAAGAACUUCAAAAAUACUUUAAAUUAAAGGAUUUAGGGCUAAUAAAAGAUUAUUUGGGUAUCGAUAUCGAAUACGAUAUUAAGCGAGGCUAUAUGAAAUUAAGCCAAGAAUCUUAUAUUACUAAGAUUUUGAAUCGUUUCGAUAUGCUAGAUUGCAAGCUUAAACCAAUACCAAUGGAUUCAAAGGCUAAAUUAGAGCUUAAUCCUAAUAAGGCUAGCGCGUCAGAGAUCACGUGGUUUCAGCAAGUAAUAGGCUGCCUUUUAUUGUUGACGCUAGCAACUAGACCCGAUAUUUGCUACGCUGUAAUUAAGCUAGCUCGAUUUGCAAGCAAUCCUAGCGAAAGCCAUAUUAUAGGUCUUAAAAAUAUCUUACGAUAUUUAAAAGGCUCUAUAAAACUAGGGCUAAUUUAUCAAAGAAGCCUUAAUAAAUUCGUUAGUGGCUAUUGCGAUGCUGAUUACGCUGGAGAUAUUGGUACAGCAAAAUCGACUAGCGGUUUCAACUUUUAUAUAAGCUCUAGCUUAUUUAGUUGGAAAUCAAAAUUACAGAGUAUAAUAGCUCAAAGCACUACUGAAGCUGAAUAUAUGGCGAUUAAUUCGGCCGCUAAAGAAGCUGUUUAUAUAAAGCAACUUCUUACCGAAUUAGGCUAUUAUAUGCAAGAUAAAUUCUCUUUAUAUACUGAUAAUAACGGCGCUUUAUUACUCGCUAAAAACCUUGUUUUUCACGAGAGAACAAAGCAUAUAGCUGUUAAAUAUCAUUAUAUAAGAGAUCUUAUAAACAAAGGUAUUAUAGACCUUGUUUAUAUAAGAACUUUGAAUCAAAAGGCAGACGGGUUUACUAAAGCUCUCGAUAAGCUUAAGUUUAACGAAUUUGUUAAACAAUUGCAACUUUCUUAA